AUGCAAGCGUCCGGCAGGCUCUCUCUCGUCAUCAUUUCCUUUGUUCGGCGCACGCUGGUCCGUGCUGCCCAGGGCAUCUCCUCGAGCUGUAGAAAGCGGAUCUGGUGUCGCUGGAAGUUUACCGCGGAGCUCGCUCUAGCCGUGAAACGGUCAGUGUCUCCUCUUCGAGAGAAAGAGAGAGACAACUCACGCGAUGUUUCGGGGGAGGAAAGAAACCAUCCGGACCCUCUGCCUUCUCGGGAAGGCUCGGGCGAACGCCUGCACAGUCGCUGCUCGUCUCUCGGCCCCCAAGAAGGACAAGAGUGCAGCGUUUCGGCCGAAGCCUCGCGGAGAAGAGGCGAGGAAGAAAGAGGGGGACGGUCGUCUCCCUCGGUGGCGUUUUCUCGGGGGCGGCACGACCAUGGGCUCUCACUUCCGGUGGCAGAGAGGGCCGAGGCUCUUCUGGAAUCUGACGAAGAACGCUACGAGACAGACAGCGACGACUGUCCCUCUCCCCCGUCUCCGCUCUCCAGAAAGGUGUCUCUUCGUGAGCCGACCCCGUGGCAGGACUCGAGAGGCCGAGGAAGGUCGCAUGCGCAUGCGCCUCUGAGCGAGGCCUCCGGAGGCUGCUUCGUUCCGUCGCCUGGCGGUCCACACGCUCCCUCGCCGUCGUCUCCCCGCUCGUGUCCGCGGGAAAGCGCCGGAGAAGAGAGCGAGAGAGCAGAAGCGGAAGAACCUGGAGACUUAGAAGGACGCGAAACGGAAGCAUGUGCUGUGAAGACGGCACUUGCCGACCGGCAGUUCAGAUCGACUGCGGACUCGCGUUCUUCUACUCCUUUCGCAUCCGCUUCUUUUCAGGAAGAGAAGGAAGACCCUGACACCCGGAUGCCCAUCAAAAUGCUUUCUUCGCGUUCGCAGCUGCUGGUGCCGAAGUUGCCAGUUCAGAGGCCUUCUCGGCGUUUGAAGACCGAGCCGCCGCGCCCGGUCUCUGAGAGCAAGUCGUUUCUUUCCCGAUUGUUUUCCUCGUUUUCCAGCUCCACGACUAACAGCGCGGUGCCGUCUGCAGUCCCGAACUUGCCAUCGUCUUUCUCCUUUACUUCGCUUCCUCCCUCUUCUUCGGCCCUCCCGCCGUGCCCGAGCGGUCCAGGCUACACCCUGAGGCCGGAGAUCGAGCGCCUGCACAGCGACAGGUCGACGUCCUCAGUCUGUUCUUCGCCGCCGAGUCGCAUCUCCUCGGCUCGCAACUCCCGAGACUCCUGUGUAGCGUCCGAUCGUCUCCUUGGGUGGCCAGGCUGUGAGCGCGUCUCGUUCUUCCCUUCGGCGAGCGCAGGCCAGCCAGCCGGGGCCAGUGGGCCCGCGCACAGUUCGCCGUACUCUGCGGCGCCCCUGUCUUGUAAGCCCCGGCCUCAAGAGAGACAGACGAAGCGGAACGCGUCCUUCUCUCUAAUGCCGACCUCCUUCCGUCCCUUCACCUCGGCCCUUUACUCGCGGACCUCCGGUGCGCAGGCCGCCCCGCGCGGCCUCGAUCUCGCAGCCAAUCCCCCUGUCCCCCACGCCUCGGGGCCUGCGGCAGGGCAUGGAGGCCCGCAGGGUCAGGGCAACCCGUCGCUCGCCUGGUUUACGCUCUCUGAUGUCGUGGUGAAGGCGCUGACGGUCCACGACACGGGCGGCGUGAACGUGGAAGUCGCGAUUGAUCCAAAGAACCCCUUUCUGCUCCAGGGCACAGUCACGGGGGCUCUGUCGUACGCACAUGGUGAUGGGCAACGGAGACACCUCUCGGGCACUGUCCAGCAGGCCGCCGACCCAGCCUCCGCCUUGGACCCGCGAGGUCCCGUGCGAUCAUGGACGAUCGCAGAUACGCCGAGCCACAGCGUCAGUGUGAGCGGGCCCAAGGGCCCGGCUGGGGACCGCGGCAGGAUGUGGUCUCGGGGCCUGUCCCAGGCCCCAGGCCCGUUCGCGGCGGCUUCCAGGCCAGGCCACGCGGCAGCCGCGACGCCUCCAAAGAGCUCCUCGGAGCCGGAAAGGCACGACGCCAGGCGCGACAGCGGCAAUGCCUCCCCGGCCCCGUCGGGAGCAUCGUCGUGGGUUGCGUCGCUCCGUUCGGCUUCCUUCAUGGGAGGCUCCAAACUGAAGAGGAGAGAGAGUGCGCGAGGCUUCCCCCUCUCGCCAGGGCAGACGCGCGGCUCCUCCGCCAACUCGCGGUUCUCCGACGGCGACGCCAAGAGCGCGCCGCGGCCGGCGCAGCGGGCGGUGGCGUCGCCCCCGAGGGGCAGCCGGUCGGGCGAACCUUCGUGGAGUCCCCGAAGGCCCGCGGAGGGCGCCGCCGCUGGUUGCCGGAGCGAGACAGCCUCACGAGAGGGCGGGGAAGGCGGCGCGCCGAUUCGCCGCGGGCGAACCGGCGACCUGAAUUCCCAGGUCACAGGCUCCGGCCGCUUCCCGUUCCGCAAGUUCUCCUCUGCUGUCUCCUCUGUGUCGCUCUGCCGGGGCCCUCGCGCCGGGCUGAGCCCGCGGUUGGCGACGCGCGGCGCCCCACACGCCACGUAUUACUACUUUGGCGAGACGAAGCGGAACAGGAGACACGGGUGGGGAAUGAUCGUGAACGACGAAAGAUGUCUCCUCGAAGCGCAGUGGGUGAACGACACGGUGCUGGGGUGGUACGUCUGCUACCACGAGUACGCCACCGAGUUCGGGUACCGCGAACUGACCGACGUGUCGGCCGUAUCCGUGGCCAGCGACAGCAACUCGUUCAUCAUUCCGGUCCGUCCGUACCCCACGGACCCCGAUGAUGUGUUCAGGACGUCUGCUGACGGCGAGUGCAAGCGGCAGGAGAAGGUGUCGGCCUCGCCAGGCACGGCGUGGGGGCGGACCGGUCGGCGUAGCUCGACGGUCGCGGGCGUCACCCAGCAGAAGGAACAGCAGGCAGCAGCCGGGUCAAAGAGCGACUCCGACAGCGCCGCACAUUCGCCGACCUUCACCCGCUCGUCCGCCUCAACUGCCGCCUUCUUCCCCUCUUCAUCUGUUCUCUCCGCGGACACGCUGAGCGCCAGUCAGGCGCGGACUCCGCGCGACCCCGGGCGCGACGAGGCAAGCGACGGCGACCGUGGAACGCAGUCGAACGCGUGCGGGCACCACGCCGCGGCUGCCUCGCCGUACCGUUCUCCCUCCCCCUCGCCGUAUUCAGGCUCUUCUCUGGAGGCUUCGCCAUCUAAGGCGCUUGCCGACGCGACGAAGCGCAGAGGCCCGCUGAUGGCCCACUUCGCAGACGACCCAGCGGCCGACAAAGUUCUGUCACAAGUCCGGCGCGGGAAGCUGAAGCACAAAACCAUCCACAGCCAAACCGCCUUCACGAUCACCGUCACGCCCUUCGAGGCGCUCGCGGCGGACCCGGGUGCCCAGAGCGACGCCGGCGACAGGGGCACGAGAACGCGCGACGGCCAGAGCGGGGCAGGCGGGGCCCGCGGCGGGGCGGUGGACCAGGUCGUGCCUCUCCGGCCGCGCUCCGCUUCGGCGGACCAAGUCCUGGGGCCAGAGGUGCUCGCGUGGACGCACGAAAUCGGGCCGAGGCGCGAGGCGAUCGACAGGCCGCGAGUGGACGGCCGGGCCUCGACGUCGCGCGCCGGAUCCGAUGCGAGAGCCGCCCUUUCUGCGACCGCCGCUGCCGCGGCGCAGGCGGCGGCGGAAGUGGAGGCGAUGGGGCGGGCUUCGAGGGCGGCGGGGCGUGCGCGUUUUGUGCGCGAGGAGACAGACGAGAGACAGGGCAAACGAGCACAGCCGGCGUCGCUCGGCGACGCGCCGGGCUUCCCCUCUCCAUCUGUUCUGGGAGAAAGCGAAACGGCCGUGGGGAACCCUGAAGACCCGGUGACCUCGAGCCCAACCAGGGGCCGUCCUUCCUCUGCGUCUUCUUGUUCUCUCUCUGCCUCUCUGUCUUUGUCCUCGCCGCCACUCUCGGCCAGCCAGUGGGCCCUUGCUGCUGCGCGUCUCGGGUCGUCCAGCGCGAGCACAAGUCAGAGCGGCAGGGAGAGCAGCGUGUGGGGCGGCGGGUGGACGUCAGGCUGCGAGGUGUCGGGGACUGCAAACGACGUCUCGCCUUUCUCCUCGCAGAGGGAAGACGCGUCCGAGCUGCUGGGCGAGGAACCCUUUAGUCGCGAGAGUCCGUUGCCGUCAGCUGUCUCCGCUUCCGACGGCGCACGGCCUCCGUCCGCCGUGCCAGGUUCGCGAGCCGGCGACGCCCAGGAGGCCCGAGACGACGAGAAACGGAGUGACCUCGGAACGCUCGAGCUGCCGGAAGGAAAGGAUCCGGCGGAGGACGCGUCCCGGCGGUUCCUUCACCCGUUGGCGUACUCCCAGGGCGGUUCGUCGCGCAGCUCUUCCCGGUCGUCGUCGCGGAGCUCAGGGCGAGGGCCCACAGGGUCUGAGGCUCUCGAGGCAGAAGAGUCCCGGGACGAAGACAGCGAGCGCGCCUCUGCGCUGUACCGUCGGCCGCGGCGGCGCCCGCUGACGUGCAUUGCGUACGAAGCGUCUGAGGCGGCGAAGAAGGUCAUGCUGGACUUGCCUGGCGUGGAGGGGGGCGAGACCGGGGCGGCCGAGAGGAGCGACGAGGGGGACAGGGACGCGUCGGGAUCGUCUGCCUCGGCGGCCGCGUCCGCAGAGGAGCUGGAGCGGCGAAAGCGACGGUUGCGACGCGGUUCCACGUUCCCGGAGUUCACAACCCAAGAAAACCCUGCAGUCACAGAGGCAGUUCUCUGCGAAGGCAUCAACCGAGGCGGGACGCGCCCGACCAUGCGCGAUCCUCACUUUGGCGCCGGGCCCCCACCCUGCCACUACCUGCGCGCUUCGGACAGCACCAAGUGGAGCACAAACACGUUUUGCCAUUUCCUCCGGAUGCUCGGCCUCACGCGCGAGGCGUCCAUUGCCAAGUUGAAUCGCCUCUGCGGGACCGACAUCCCGACACUCACGCGCGAGAAGCUGCGGGAAACAGGCAUCACCGACCGGUACAUCCACAAAUUUCUCCUCACUGUCGCGCGCUAUCUCUGGUCGUGCUCAGACCACCUCGACCCGCUGACGCCGCUCAAUCGGCGGCACCUUCGGAGACCCACCCUCGGCGCAAGAUCUGCACAAGCCGCGGGGAAAGGCCCGCAGCCUCCCGGCCUCUCGGCCUCUUCCUCGACUUUGUCGCUGGCUUCGGAUGACGGCCUUCGCACGAUUCCCACGAGCGAGGUGCGAGUUGGGAGGAAGCUCGGAGGCGGCGGGUACGCGACGGUGCACAAGGCGCGGUACCGGGGCCGAGACGUCGCAUGCAAGAUCUUCAAAUACACCCCCUCAGCCUGGCACGAAGCAGCGAAGUGUGAGGAACCUCUGGAGGCCCUGUGGAGUCGCCAGAACCCCGCGCGGAAGGAUACGGCGACGGCGGCGACCCUGCCGCCAACUGAGGCACGCGACAGGAUGCCCAAACGGCUCGUGGAACCCGCUGGCCUGGCUUCGCGCCCGCGUUUGUCGAGCAGCCCUGGAGAUCCCGCGCUCCUCUCAAAUCUACGGGAGGCCCCCGUCCAGCCAGACUCCAGGAGUGGGGAGGCGUGUUCGGCGCCGGAUCCAAGGUCGCGCGCCGCGGCCAAGGGCACUCUUAGCGCCCUGGAAGACCCAAGGUCGAGCGAGGCCUUGUCCCCCGCGCUCCUGUCGGCGCGGAGCGAAGCAAGCGACACGCGAGAGCCCUCGUGGGCGUCGCUGGCAACUUGUGGGCCGGCGCCUCCAAGCGGGGAGUUGCUGCGGAUGGCGCGAGGUGCGUCCACAGCAACUGGCCAAGCAAGCGGAAGAUCCGAGGGCGAAGCGCUUCAGUCGGAAACCGCUGGCCAUGUCUUCAGCUCAGCAGGCACGUGGACGCAAGGUGGGACGGACAGCGCGACGGGCGAUGCGAAGUCCUGCGGGGACGGGCCUCGACUGGAAAGGAGCGUGCGGGGCGAGGAGGGCCAGAGCGAGAGUCUCCCGGCCUUCGAAGAAAGUUGCGUCUCGCGCUUCUCGAGCGACAUCGGCGACGAGGAUCUCGCCCGCCAGGCCUUCUCGCCUGCGGAGAGAACUGUAGAGGGCCGCGUGGGCCCUCGUGGGGCGCUGAGCAGCUGCAUGCGGCUGGUUGCUGCGGCGAUCGCGCCGGCCGAGAAGACGGGCGACGCCGGCGUGAGCCCGCGCCCCGCACCGCGGAUGUACCCACGCGCCUUUCCGCGAUCUCUGUCAGGGGAAGACGGUGAGGGCGGGGAAGAGCGGGAGGACGAGAGCGCGACGACGGGGUUCCAUGGGGCGAGAGAGGGCGACGAGGCAGAUCGCCUCGCUCGCCUUCCCGUGUCAAGCGAGCCGGCGUUACUUUCCUCGCGCUUGCGCUGCAACACGCCGACUGGGGACCGGAGCGCGAUGUCUACGGCGCCGCCAGGGUCGUGUUCACCUUCGCCACUCCCGUCUGCGAGAGAAGCGGCGGAAAGCGGGCGGCAAAACGCGGGGACUUUCGGCUUCGAGGCCAGCUUGUUGUCUUCCUCAGACGGCUCGAAGAACCCCCAGACGGCUGAGGCAGAGAAGAACGCAUUCGGGGAGACGCCUGGCUGUUUUUCGCGUUCCGGCGCAGCAGACGGGGCUGGUGGCGAACGAAGCGAACAGUCACAGCCGGGCGGGUCCGACGGGGGCUCUCCAGGGCUGAGCGAGAAGGCAGGGAGCGAGGUGGGGGAAUUGGCGAGACAGGGGACGCACGGAACGCAGGCGACGAGAGACGAAGACGAGGGCCAGAAGGCGUCUUCGUGUCCUGUCGGACUGUUGCCGGAGGCCCAGGGCCGUGUGUUCCCCAAGCUCGACUACUUCAGGUACUGUCCCCAGCCCCUGAAACACCGCGACUAUGAGGCAGAUAUUCUCGCCGCGCUUCAGCCCCAUCCGAACAUCAUUUCGCUGUAUGGGCGCUGCCAUCUGCGUCCCGGCGAGGAAGCUCUCAUUGUUGAGUUCUGCAAAAUGGGAAGUCUCGACGCCUUCGUUUUUCCGCUCGACAACGAACGCCGAGGAGGCCGGAAGCCCUGGAAGGCGCUCUCCAGGCCGAAGCUCGUCCAAAUCUUCAUCGACGUCGCCAGGGGCAUGGCCCACGUGCACUCGCGGAACAUCCUCCACAGAGACCUCAAACUUAGCAACAUUCUCCUCGACGGGGACACAGGAAAGGUUGCGGACUUUGGCGUGGCGACGGCGUUUGUGCCGAACGACAGUCCGUCGGUCUUGGCCCUCUUUGGAAAUGUUUUUUACGCGGCGCCAGAAGUUCUCCGCGGAGACGGCUUCUACCCGGCUUCCGACGUCUGGUCGUACGGAGUCGCCUUCUGGGAAGCACUGACUGGGAAACUCGCCUACGAAGGUUUUCCGGCCGGCUUCGUUUUCACGCGGGUUGCCGCAGGGGCCUUGGGCCUCCACAUUCCCUCCGACUUCCCUCCCCCGCUGAGGGUCCUCAUGUCCCGGCUUCUCGCCUUCGAGCCGUCAGAGCGGCCGUCCUUCGAGGAAGUCGCGCAGGCGCUAAGUGAUCUUCAAGCGAACGCUCUGUCGGAAAUAGAACGAGACUUGGACGACUUCUUCGGGUUGGCGUGA